AUGUCGAACGAGCAGCUACUGGAGUUCGCGUGGGGGCUAGCUGGCAGCGGCUACGCGUUCAUGUGGAACAUCCGGCCAGACCUUGUGAAGGGUGACACCGCCGUGCUGCCGCCGGAGUUCUUGUCCUCCGUGAAGGACCGGGCCAUGCUAACGACAUGGUGCCCGCAGGAAGCUGUGCUGGCGCAUGAGGCGGUGGGGCUGUUCCUCACGCACUCCGGGUGGAACUCGACUCUAGAGAGCAUCAGCGCGGGGGUGCCGAUGCUCAGCUGGCCCUUCUUCGCGGAGCAGCAGACCAACUGCCGGUACGUGCGUACAGAGUGGGGCGUCGGGAUGGAGAUCGGUGGCGAGGUGAGACGCGCAGAGCUGGCAGAGAUGAUAAGAGAGGCCAUGGGCGGGGACAAGGGGAAGGAGAUGCACCGGCGUGCCGCGGACUGGAAGGAGAAGGCCAUUCGAGCGACAAUGUUGGGUGGGUCUGCGGAAACCAAUCUGGACAUUAUUGUCAAUGAGGUGCUGCUCCGCAACCGCAAGUCCACAACAUAG